CCAAGGACUUAUAAUGGAGCAAUUGUUCAUUUUUUCUUACGAAGUAAUUGUUGAAAUAGUUUGUUUAUAUUUUUUCACACAAUAUCAAAGCUAAGUGAAUAAAUUAACGAAGACAUCAGACUUUAUACUUAGAAAUAAACCGGCUACGAUGAGUUUAGCCGUGUGUCGUUGGAGCAGAAGAUGAUGAGGCAACGGAGAACACGAGGGAAGUCUGUGAAAGGCGGUGGAGGGUGGAAGGGGAACACGAUUUGCCGUGAAAACUGGCAGGAAGGGGAGUGAUGGAUGUUGCGACGUAAGACGCGCGAGGGGAUAGUCCGCAACAAGGCCCCCAGUUCCAGGAGUGCUCAGUUCGUUCUACCGCGAGGACGUUGGCUUGUCAUAAUCGUCAUGGCGUUCGUCACGGCAUUCUGAAUAUUUGUAAAUAGCUAAGAAGUUAUUUUAUAACAGAGUCUUAAAUAUUUAAUGGAUUUAUCAGCUUAAAUGGAAAAAAACAUGAUGAAGAAAUAUAAUUACCAGAAGAUUUUGAAGAGUGUGAUAAGAAAUGGAAUGAUUAUUGUGCAUGAUGUUAUCAUGUGCUUUUAAUUAACAUCAGGAAGUAGGAGUAUAAUAAUUUAUAAAGCACAAGAUACAUCUCCGGGAAUUCAGUCUUUCAAUAACUUUGCAACUACAAACUCCAAAAAAGUUAUUGCAAACGUCAUCAACAGUACCACGUUAAGAAACGGAUUUGAAGAUAACUUGUUUCGCUAUAACGCAAUUUUUUUAUAGUUUAGCUGAUAAGACGAUAUCUUUUAAUAGUUUUUAGUUUGAAAAGUAAGUGAAUAUGAGAUAGUUAAGUUAAAUAUUUUGAAGAAGACUUAAGAAAGUCACAAGAAUAAGAAUUUGUUUUGAACAUCGGACUAUGAGCAGAUUGAUAAGAAUUUCUUCUCUAUUUUGUGAUGACACCCUCUUCUUGCUUGUUAGCAUAACAAUCUCAGUCAGUAUAUAUGUUUAACGUACAAUGGCCUAAGCAUCUGAGUUUCUUGUUUCAAGUACUAUGAUAUCACUAUCAACUUGAAUAAACGAAUUUAAAAGUCGAAGGGGGAGUAAAUGAUUAGUGAUAUCAGACGGUGGCCAACACUCACUAGGGAAACAGUUUUUCUGUCUUCAGCAUUGUUGUCUGAACAGUGUUACUAUCAACAUCAAGCAUCAUGGAAAGCAUAGAGCCAUCAGUGUUGUUCAAUCAAACCAUGCAAACAUCUCAAGUUUCUUUACUGCUUACUAAAAUAGCAGCGAUGGUCAUUCUUGGUCUUGGAUCACUAUUAGUUGGACUACUACCUUUAAUCAUUGGUCGUUGUAGAUUUAAAAGACGUCAAAAAUGUAGUUUGUCCAGUUGUUCAAGCACUUCCACUGAUACAUCUUCAGCUAUAGAAAAGAGAGCUCAGGGUCUUUUGACGUCUCUUUUACUUUGCUUUGGCGGUGGAGUUUUAUUAUUCACAACAUUUCUACAUUUGGCUCCUGAGGUACGUCAAAGUGUUGAACGUCAUCAAUCGAAUGGCCAACUCAUCACUAUUGGAACUCUAAGUAUGGCAGAGCUACUAUUUUGCGUUGGAUUUUUCUUGGUUUAUUUUGUUGAAGAAACAGUUCAUGCAACAUUGACGGGAAAAACUCAACAUUCUGAAGAUCUUCUUUACAGAACAGUAUCUGUACGUCGAUGUAAUAAGCAAGCACCAGUUUCUACAUCUAAUACGACGAUAACAACUGUAACUACUAAUAAAAAACCUUCAUCUCCAACAUCUUGGAAAGUUGGAAGAUUUAGAUAUGAAGAUGAAGAGAAAGAUGAUCAUAACAAAUCAGAUUCACCCAAAAGUAACAAAGAAAUAAACCAAGCAGAUGUAUUACCUGCUGUCUUUGUACAAUCUUUAGCACCUAUGGACUCUCCACUUGAUGCUGGUCGUGAAGAUGAUCAAUUUGUAACGCGUGUGUAUCCCCCUCGUGCCAAAUCCCCCAAAGGCCACAAUCACCAUACUGAUACUUCAGUUCGUGGAUUGCUUACAGUAGUUGCAUUAUCAUUUCAUGCAAUCUUCGAAGGAUUGGCAGUUGGUUUAGAGCCAUCAAUUGGAUCUGUUGUUUAUCUAGCAGGUGCAAUAGCUACACACAAACUAGUAAUAGCCUUUUGUGUUGGGAUGGAACUUUACAUUACUGGAGCUUCAACAAGAACAAUUCUGGGAUAUCUCACAGUUUUCUCUAUGGUCACUCCUUUAGGAAUAGUGUCUGGACUUGGACUAGGAUAUUUUAAAAAUGACAGUGAGAAUCUUGGUGCAACUCCAACAAUUCUACAAGGCAUGGCAGCAGGAACAUUGCUCUACGUCGUCUUUUUUGAAGUGCUUGCUAGAGAAAGGGCUAAUGAUAAAAGCGGAUUGCUUCAAUUAGCAGCAAUAAUUGCUGGAUUUAUGCUCAUGUUGGGUCUUCAAUUAGCCACUGCACACUCACAUUCUCAUUCACACUCUCACGGAGGUGGACAUGAACAUUUAUGUGGAGUUGACGAGCAUGAGGACCAUGAUCAUCAUGAUCAUCAUAAUCCUUCGGUCAAAGCAAUUACAGAAAAUAUUGACAGGAUAUCAUCAACAGUAGCUGAUGCAGUCACCAAUAUUAUUGCUUCUACAACGACAAGAUCAAAUCCCAGUUCAGGACACUCGUAAGAUCACUUAGGUUUAAUUAGAGAUAUAUAUUUAUUAUAAAUAAUCGUACCGAACUCAAAUGAAGAGCAAUUAUUUAAGUUUUAAAUUGCAUUUGAACCUUAUGCCACAUUUCUCCAAAUUAGUUGGAGAUAAAGCAAUAUUUUUUCAUCAAACCUAACAAGAAUAUUGACUGAAAAUGGUUUAUAUACCGAAAUCAAUGUUCUUAAUGCUAUUGACUAAGAACUCGAGAUAAAAAAUAAUCUAGAAUCGAGUUUUAAGAAAUUCCCAUGAUUCAUGGUCAAAAAUCACAUGGAUGUUGACGUUUAAUUAAAUAUCCUAUGGGUAACGUGACAGAUAUUUUUAAGCCGAUAAGAUGUGAAGAAAUGACAAUAAAAAAUAGAAACACAAAAACAAGUAUAUAAAAGUAUUUCAAAUAUGACUCAAUCUUGUAUAAAGAAGAUAAUUAUGAGAAUUUAGUCGAUUUACGAGCUUACUUGACAAUAUUGUUGUCUUCUUGAUGAGUGAUCAUCAUGUAAAUAUUAGACUGAAUGUCUUAACUUCUAACGAAUUUAUUAUUAUUAAUAUUAAUUUCUAUAAUAAUUAUUUUCGAUGUAAGAUUAAUGUUAGUUAACUAUUCAUUAUUUUAUUUUUCAUAAUUAUCGUAUAAUUAAGAAGAACGCUCAUGGAUUUUCCAAUCUGUAAUCUUUUCACGAUAGCUGAAUGUCAAUAUGAUGAUACUAAAGAAGUGUAUUAAUAUAAAUGGUUAUCUUUAUUAAAACACUUCAAUGAUUGAGUAUUUU